GGAUCGCAGUUCAUCAAUUUAUCACGCAAAUGCUCAUGCGGUCGAGUACUCCCAAAUCGUGAUUCGCGACCGUGACUAGUCGCAACGACCAGCCGCUUUCGUGCCCUGCCCUACAUGCGUGGGUGCCCUUAGAUUAGUCCUUUGGAGCGAGCGGCGAGAGACUUUUGCGGAGAUCCCCCGUUAUCUAUAUAUUCGUCUCGUCUUGCCCGUGGGAGUCAGGAUGCAGGUGCCUGUCAAGGAAGAACAAGUGGAUCUCGAAAGCCGUCAGCAACAAUCUCAGUCGAAGCGAAUCCGAUCAAGUGUCGUCGAUUUCUUGACUCAAAAGGAAGAUGAAAGCUCACAUGUUCUACACCCACCGGACAUAGGAAUCCGACCAUGGCUCCAAGUGGUGGCCGGGUUCCUCCUCAUGUUCAACACCUGGGGCAUGAUCUUUUCCUUUGGAACCUUCCAGACAUACUAUACCUCAGAGGGAGGCCUUCAAGACACAUCGUCGACAUCUGCAGUGGCAUGGAUUGGAUCGAUCCAGGCGUUCCUGCUCCUGUUCGGUGCGGCCUUCAUGGGCAGAUACUUUGAUAUGGGCUACUAUCGGCAGUUGUUGGUGUCUGGGACCUGUCUCAUCGUCUUUGGCGUGAUGAUGACAUCUCUCGCGACUAAAUAUUACCAGGUCUUGCUCUCGCAAGGAAUCUGCCUGGGUUUCGGCACGAGCUGCUUGCUGGUCCCCUCAGUUGGUCUUCCUAGUACGUGGUUUGAGCGUAAACGAGGACUUGCAGUUGGGAUCGUCUCGUCUGGCGCUUCUGUUGCGGGUAUCAUCCUGCCUAUUGUGGUCCGCCACCUGAUCCGCGUGGUGGGGUUUGGAUGGGCGACGCGAAUCAUGGGAUUCAUAUGCCUUGCGACACUCUCCGUCAGCAUGGCUCUAGCUAAACCACGGCUGCCGCCGCGAGGUCGUGGCACCUUUAUCGAAUACUCGGCCCUUACCCAGCCCGAAUUUGCCAUUUACCUAGCAGGGCUGUCGGUAUCCAUGCUCGGCCUUUAUACUUUUUUCACCUUUGUCGAAGAAUGGGCCGUCUCUAUCGGCCUAGAGAUCUCUGGUCUUCCCUUGGUGUAUCUACUGCCUAUACUUAAUGCGGCCAGUAUCAUGGGACGUCUUAUCCCCUCGUUUAUCUCGGAUUACCUUGGCCCAUUGAACACUCAGGCGCCAGCACUCCUCAUUUGCGGUAUUUCGGCCCUGUCAUGGUUGGCGGUCGAUAGCCCUGGGCCUUUGAUAGCCCUGAUCGUGAUCUAUGGUUUUGCAUCCGGUGCAGUCAUAUGCUUGCCUCCCGUGGCGAUUGCGAGUAUGACAGAAGACCUGCGCUCCUUUGGCGGACGGAUGGGAUGCAUGUUCCUUGCAAUAAGCGGGACUUCAUUGGCAGGCCCUCCCAUUAAUGGCGCCAUUAUUCAACAUGCAAAGACCACAUAUGACGGCGCCCGAAUCUUCUCAGGCACAGUCAUGAUAGUCGCUGCUGCAUUGUUGUGGACCUCUCGUCUAGUUAAGACAAAGGGCAAAUGGAUCGUCAAAGCCUGAUUGAUCCAUUUUCCUCACCUUGUCGACAUUAGGAUUAUAGAAAGCGUCAUGUGUACAAGUAGGUACUUUAUUGAGC